AUGCCAUCUUCAUCCUCCACUCCACCGGAGUCGACACCACCUGAACAACAUGAUGAUGUUUUGCAAGACACAGUACCCCAGACGCUACCAGUUCAAACCAGUCAUUCACGCUUCGAGAGUCCUCUUACUCCGGAACAGGAAAGCAACUCAGCUUCGGGCGAAGUUGACUUUCCGCGUCAUGCCAGACCUGCCGAGAGAAGAAAUUUCUUGGAACCGGAGAGCAGUGACUUUACUGCUUACUAUGCAGGGAAAGGUUUCUUGCCCAGUUUCACCACUCAGUCUCAAUCGGAUAUCGAGGAGUCUAUUAUUUAUUCACUAUCUCGUGACGAUGUGCCUGCGAGUAUGAAUCCAGGGUCCGGAGGGCCAGACUGGCUGGACUUUCAGCUUCAAGAACCAACAAUGCAGCAGGAAUCAUCCGCUAUGACAAGCACAUCCCAUUCUGUCAUACCUUUAAUAGAUUUCAAUAUUGGAAACAGUCAGGGAUAUGGAAAUAACACCGCCGGGUUGGAGGUCCAUGACCCGGGAACAGUCUCUGUUGAUAGUAUAGGAAACUUCACAAAUCUCAAUAGUCAGUCUCUUCCCACCUCGCAGCAGUGGCUAUUUGAUCAGAACCGCGAACGGUUCCCACCCCGUUGUCAACUACCACCUCUCCGCGACAUCCUACACGGGAGUAUUGCCUCGGCUUAUGGGAGGAAUGUGGCUGCAUUAGAAGAACUUGUUCAACUUCUCUCUGUGUCUUAUAUUCCAAGGCUAGACAACUCAUCAUACGACGUCACUAGGCUUGCUGCUUUUCAUUUGUUGAAAGAGGCCGUUGACAGAUUCUUUGCCGACUUUCAUCCUAUCCUGCCUUUUAACUUCACGUCUCUCUCUAGAGGCAGAAAAGGCAGAUUUGCAGCCCUCAACCAACAUGGAUGA